AGGAAGAUGCCUUGCGCCCCCCAGGUAGGUGAGGAGGAAGUCAGUGUCCCUUUGGGCGGGUGUUGUGCUGGCUCUGUCAGCCAAGCAUGGCCCCGGCUGCAGGACAACCCCGCUGCCACCGCCGUCCUGCCGGGGCCGGAGUUGGGGGGAUGUCCUUGGGCUUCCCUGUGGGCCGGAGGCAAAUCCCCUCCCUGUCCUUGUUGCUUCCUGCCCCAGGCCCCGAACUGAGGACAGAGAGCGCGGAGGACAAAUCCCCCCGUGAGACCCUGGUGGGAGAGGCCGUUUUGAAGGGCUCCCCAGCACAGGAAGGCAGCGGGGAGGAAAAGGGCCGGAGAUCCCCCCACAGGAGGGGCUCCAAAGCCAGCCCAGGGUGCUCUGAGGAGGAAAGAGCCAGCCUGAGCCGGGAAGGCGGCCGGAGCUUGAGGCAGAGCUCUGAGCUGGUGGUCCCUGAGCAGCCUCCCAGCAGGGAGAAGCCCUUCAGGUGCCUGGAAUGUGGGAAGAGCUUCAGGAAGAGCUGGAGCCUCCUCACCCACCAGCACAUCCACACUGGGGAACGGCCCUACACCUGUGGGGAAUGUGGGAAGAGCUUCAACCGGAGCUCCAGCCUGAUCCGACACAAGCGCAUCCACACUGGGGAACGGCCCUACAAGUGUGGGGAAUGUGGGAAGAACUUCAACUGCAGGUCCAGCCUACGCAAGCACUGUCGUAUCCACAAUGGGGCACUGCCCUACGCGUGUCAGGAAUGUGGGAAGAGCUUCAGGCACAGCUCCACCCUCCACAACCACCAGCGCAUCCACACCGGGGAGCAGCCCUACAGCUGUGGGGAGUGUGGGAAGAGUUUCAGGAACAGCAACAGCCUCUGCAUCCACCAGCGCAUCCACACUGGGGAACUGCCCUACACGUGUGGAGAGUGUGGGAAGGGUUUCAGGCACAGCUCCGCCCUCCUCACCCACCGGCGCAUCCACACUGGGGAACGGCCCUACAAGUGCUUGGAAUGUGGGAAGAGGUUUCAGACCAGCUCAAAUCUCCUCCUGCACCAUCGGACGCACACGGAUGAGAGGCCCUUCCGCUGCACUGACUGUGGGAAGGGCUUCAAGCAGAGCUCCACCCUUGUCACCCACCGGCGCAUCCACAGCGGGGAGAGGCCCUACAAGUGUGGGGAGUGUGGGAAGAGCUUUGCCCACAGCUCUGCCUUAACCUCACACCAACAGACCCACCGUUAAAAGAAGCGCUACGAGUGGCCCGACCCCCAUUGGAUGAUCCAUAGGAACUCAUUUUGGGCACAGACCUGGUGACCCACGUUCCAGGUGAUCCAUGCUGGGCACAGACCUGAUGACCCCUGUGUCCAGCCCUUGUCCCGACCCCCCUGACAGCGAGAGUGACCCAGGGUCUUGUAACUGAUCCCUUGGGGAAGAUUACAGUUAGUUUAUCUAUCUAUCUAUCUAUAUAUGUAGGGUUCACUUUAGAUCAGUUUUGUUUCCCUGUAGAGUAGGUUUGGGGCAGUUUUGGCUCCUGUCUAUAGUGAUAUAAAACCAUAAAAAUAACACUUCCUCUCUCUGGCUCCAAGCCCAGCCUGUCCCUUCCAGGGGUGGAUGUUCCCCCCCCUUCCCCGGGUGGUUCCUUUGCCCCGGGCAGCAAAGCCCCCGCUGCUUCUGCAACUGGAGAGUGUUGGAGCCGUGGACCAUUAACAUUCCAGUCUCUCCCAGCUCUGCACCCCAAAAGUCGAGUGGGAUCAAUGUGUCCCCUCAAAGUGACUCAAUCCCGUAGCAGUUCAUAUUCCAGGAAGAAUGCCAAAGGGCAUCCUGGGACUUGUAGUCCUUCUGUCUCUGUCGCACGUGCGCAGUGAAGUGCUCGGAUGGGAGUGCUUGAGGAGGUCCCAUGUCACCGUUUGAAGUGUCUGUAUAAGCUUGUGUUGAUCUUAAUAAAGCUAAUUGGGUUACUGCACCCCCAUGUCGACUGGGUUCGUGCAAGACAAAUGCUCUAAAUGGCCGCCCCAAUCGGGACAUUCAACAGGCGUCGGUAACCAGAGGCCAAAGGCCUUGGGACAUCUUGCCAUGGCAUCCGUCCUGAUGGAAUUCCAAGGAAAAAGGAAGAGCUCCUCGACAAAUCGUGCGCAUCAGUCACCUCUGCAGAAACAGGACAAAAAGGGAAAAAGGACAAAAAAAGACAAAAGAAGAAAAAUCCGACUUCAGCAAACAAGAGGUGACCUAUUAGGAUGGGAGGGAUGUAUUCCCACGAGGGGAGGUGUUCCCCAAAAACUAAAGCAAAAGCUGAAGCUAUCAGCCAAUUUUUAAAAAUACUGGACAAAGACGUAGCAGAAAAUAAACCGUUGGUGCUCUUAAAUUGGAUCGUCACAAAUGAACUGGGACUUCCAUUGAUGCCUUAUGACCCUUUUAGUUUCUUAUUUUUCUAAUUUUAUAAACUUUAUAAGUAAUUAUAAGUAGUAGAAGUAGAUUUUAGAAGUAGCUU